UUUCAUUUUGAUCGUCCAGAUUUACCUAAAUCAAUGACAAAAAAAAGAUGUGAAUUGUGAAAUCAACAUUAUAUUUAUAUCACUAUCACACCAAUAUCAUAUCUCAAUCAAUAUCAACAUCAUACCAUUGCUACUGGUAAUAUCGUGAUAUGACAUUGAUAUGAUUACUUGAAAAAAAUUUAGUAAAAAAAAAUAUAUCAAAACUUAUAUAAUCUCGUAUAACACAAAAAUCUGAUAUUUCUACCAAAUUUUUUGACAUAUGAUUUAAAAUGAAUGAGUUAUGGUCAGUUCAGAGAAAAUUUGAAAAGUGUUUGACAAUACACCUGGAAAUCCGCAAGCUAUCCCAAAAAUCCUUUCUGCUGCCUGUAAAGUUUGGUAAGCUCUCUCCUAAAUCUCUUGUGUCCCUUCUUGCUCCUCUAUGAUAUGGAUCAUUAGAUCUCCCCUUCCAAAAUUACAAUCAUUAGAUCAGGUUUUGUUGUACUACAAAAAGGAAGAACUUUGUAUCGGAACCUAUUCCAUAUUUUUUUUACUUGAUUUAAACACAGAAUGUAUGUGUUGAAAAUACAUGAUGUAUUUCUAAUACAUAUAAAUGAUGUAUCUUUUUAGUGGGUGUACUGUAAAUUGCAAAUUUAGUUACCGAGAAUACAAAUUUGUUUCACAUUUGUCCCUUCAAAAAUUUUAUUCUAUUUGUGGUUACUCAAAUUAGUGCAUUAGUCCAAGUUUGGUCAUUGCUCGUUACCUUUCGUGAGUUCGUGUUAAGGGUAUUAGUUUUUUGCUGACAUGGCUAAUAGAAAUGCCUAGUCAUCCACUUUUAACCAGGAAAAAUUAAACCCGACCUGCCACGUCAUAAAAAUAUGCUCUAUCAUAUACCCUCACCCAACCAGUGAACCGAUAACUCAUCCUCUGCAUUUCUAUUCAGCCUCAUGAGAUCCGGUUCUUCGACUUUUUUCUUCACCAUCGAUCGAUCUCUACCCACAAAAUCAAUUUGCUCAUUUAAUCAAACUCCAGGUCAAAGAGAGGAGGAGAUCAUGAUCAAACCCUAGGAAAUAACCAACUGUUGCUCCCUUUAGUUUUCCUCCUAGCCCCGACGCCUCAUCACCAAACUCGUCGACCCUAAUAUGGGAUAAUUGUGAACAAAUUCCGUUAGCUAGAACCCAAUUGUGCGGAGUUCUACGACGACAAGGAAUUGGGAAGAAGAUAUUGUGAAGUCGCCCUAUUUUGAUGUGCAAUCGGAGAUUCAAGGAGAAAGCAGAAAGAGAAGUAGGUAAAGACGAAUCCAAAGCCUCCGGUGGUGGCGGGGGCGUAGAGAAAUCGAAGCAGUUGUUGGAGACGCUAAACGCGUUCCACUUAAUCUCGUUAUUGGAAGGGUUCGACCUCUCACCGCUCUUUAAGGAGAAGAAGAGGAUGGAGAAGGAAGAUGAUUUAAGCCAUUAUAUACAUGCUUUACCCCCUUGACUUGUAUAGCAUCAUCCUUGGAUCCAUUUUACAUUUAGGUUUUGUUAUGUUAGGAUCUAGAAAGUGAAAUGGGCAAAAUGAUCGAAAGUAAGACAUAAGGUAAAAAAAAAAAACGAGAGAAACUGCUAAAAAUUGCAUGGAUCACGGUUCAGGGUAGAUUAUCACGUACAGGAGAUCUUGAAGAUUACAAGGAAACCGUGAAGAAUGCAACUUCCCAGGAGCAUUUGGACGUCCCCCGACAUUGCACAUAUCACAGGCACAGGGCAUGAGGUUUACAAGGAAAUCAUGAAUUGUGUAAAUGAAACAGUGAAUUUUUGUGUUGGUGUCACAGUUUCACUACAAACAUCACGGCAUGACGCCUGACCGUGAAGAUUGCACUGCGGGUAUAAAUAUGAAGAGUGACAGGAUUUCAAAGGGAAGAAGAGUUUUAGAGAGAGAUUUGGAUAUUCGUAUGCAUUCUAGAGAGAAAGCGUUGAACCAAGGAAGAUUGAAGGGAAAUCUGACGUACCCAAGAUCAAAGGAGGCCUGAUUGCAUAUUCAAAACCAUAUCACGCAACUAAGAAGAAGGAGAUUCAUCUUUUCAAUGGUUUUUUUCUAAUGUUUAGUUGUAGUUCUUUCUCUAGCCAUGAAGAAGAUUUUUCAUUCACUUGGAUGAUGCGGACUCUUGUCCAGGAUGUUAUAGUUUGAUGAUUAUGAACUCUAUAUUGUGAUUGGCAUGCUUGAUUAUAUAUUUAUUUGAGUAUUUUGUAUGAUAAUUGAAGGUCCUGUUGGGCCUUGCCUCUCUGAGAUCCACGAGUCAAAGAAGCCCACUGAGAAACGUAGAGCCCACCAGAUGCACUGAAAGUCAACCAAAACGAGUCAAGAUCCCUAAAGCGUGUCAUCGCCUCCAUUCUCCAUCGGAAAAAUCAAAUAACUCAAUGAAGAGGGUUGGCUGGGAAUCGCGUUGCUGCUCUUCUCUUCAAGGAUCAACAGUCGAGUUCAUUGAUGAUGGAAGAGACAAGGAAGGAAGCCUCUCUGCCUAUAUAAAGACUGCUCCUGUCAGAAGAAAGGUGACGGUUUCCUAGACUUGGUUAGAACAUGUCUGUUCUCUAGAAGUCUUAGGUUUGGGUUCGGUGCUUGUGUCUGGAUAGCUGAGUUGGGGCUGUGGCCAGGAACUCUAGCUAUCUGGGUGUGGCUUCUGUUUCUACCUUCUUUAUCUGCUUUCGUCUUUUAGAUUGUGGCUUUUUUUAGACUCAACAACUCAGAUUAUCAGUUGUAUGUGUUUGUUUACUCGUCAUUCCUUGAAAAUUAGUAAUUGAAUAAAGUCUGAUUUUCACUCUUCCAUUUCUAGUCUGUUGUGGAUAUGAAUUUGGUCACAUAGCACUAUAACAGGUCCUUGAUUAAUUCCCUCAAUUUUGGGCAAAUUAACCUAAGUAAGAGAAGAUCUCCUUAGGGUGAUUUGGGUCACUAUUCAAUCAUCGUAAGGGGGCCAUGAACGAGGGUGAUUGGUUUCUCUACGUCGUUCCGGGUCAUCGCCUGAGGAACUGGAGUUGGUUUCCCUAAUUGCUAAUCCGGUAGUUUGAUACGCCUCUCUAGUUAGAGCAAUUAUGCGGGUUAGGCCAACUCAAAUAAGCACUCCUUACUAGC